GUGCAAUGGAUGCUCUCCGGGUUACCAAGGUUGAGGGGGUCUUAUGUACCAAGGCCGGGAACACGUCUUCGGGUACCUUGCAUCUCACCGCGCACCAUGCUAUCUUCCAUUUCAACGAAGAGGGAAGGGAGGAGAUGUGGAUCCCAUACCCUCUCAUCUCGCUUGUCUCACGCAUGCCCAUGACGUUAUAUGGUCGCUGUCCCCUCACAAUCCACACCCGGACACUCGAAACGAUCUUGCUGUCGUUUUUUUCGGAGAAGGACGCGAUAGAUGUCUUUGAGAGCGUGAAGGAGCUUACCGUUGCGACUUCGAUCAACCAGCUCUAUGCGUUCUUCUACGUCCCAAAUCCACCUUUCGCCGUCUCCGACGGAUGGUCAUUAUACUCUCCCCGCGAGGAGUUCGGCCGGAUGGGAGUCGGCACGCGCUCGAAGGCAUGGCGCUUCACCAACAUCAACAAAGACUAUUCUUUCUCUCCGACGUACCCUGCUCGGUUGGUCGUUCCGACGCGCAUCAGCGAUACUACCCUUCAAUACGCAGUUAAAUUCCGGAGCAAGGGACGGCUACCGGUCCUGACUUACCUUCAUUGGGCAAAUUUUGGUUCUAUCACGCGGUCCAGUCAACCCAUGGUGGGCCUGACAAACAACCGCUCAAUCCAGGACGAGAAGCUCAUUGAAACGAUCUUCCAAACGCACCACAACCCCGAUUCCCGAGUGAGCGCAAGCCCCGUGUACGGCGCAACGGCGACAAACCUCAUCAUCGAUGCGCGGCCUACGACUAACGCUAUGGCAAACACGGCUAAAGGCGCAGGCACGGAGAACAUGGAUCAUUACAAGGAUGCGAAGAAGGCGUAUCUCGGCAUUGACCAUAUCCACACUAUGCGCGAAUCGCUCAACAAAGUCGUUGAAGCGCUUCGGGCCACGGAGCUCCAGCAGGCGGCAGGCACGACUGUUGUGGAGGGGAGUGAGGACGACCAACCCCUCGUUGUUCCCGUACUGGAUCGGCAGGCAUUGCGCCGGUCGAAUUGGCUGCGCCAUAUUACUGCGAUCUUAGAAGGCACGCUGCUGAUCGUCCGCAACGUCCACAUUAACUCGUCGCAUGUGCUUAUCCACUGCUCGGAUGGAUGGGACCGUACGGCGCAGCUCUCUUCACUUGCUCAGCUCUGCCUGGACCCGUUCUAUCGGACGCAGAAGGGCUUCGCGAUCCUUGUGGAGAAGGAUUGGCUUUCGUUCGGGCACAAGUUCCUCGAUCGCUGCGGCCACUUGUCCUCCGAGAAAUUCUUCCUUGCGCCUGUCGAGAACGCUGGCUCGGGCGGUGGCGCGGAGGCCGCACAGGCCUUCCUCGCCUCUGUCCAGAACAGGUUCGCAUCGCAGCACCACAUCAAGGAGACUAGCCCCGUCUUUCACCAAUUCCUGGAAAGCGUCCGCCAGGUCCAGCGUCAAUUCCCUGAACGAUUCGAGUUCAACGAGCGUUUCCUCCGUCAGCUCCACUAUCACCUCUACUCAUGUCAGUUCGGUACCUUCCUGUGCAACUCGGAGCGUGAACGUCGUGUAGGAGAAGGUGGUCAGCCACCGGUGAUCAACCGGACCAGCAGCGUCUGGGACUAUUUCUUCUCACCGUCGGAAAUCGAGCUCAACAAGAAUCCGCUCUACGAUCCGAGUUUGGACGACCCUGCCAACAGAGCGCCGAAGGCCGAUAUGGGAGUACUCAUACCGAAUCCCAGGGAUGUACGCUUCUGGCACGAACUGUACGGACGCACAGACGAGGAGAUGAACGGGAGGUUUGUGGUCAAGCAGGUUGUCGAGGAUCCGGAGUUUGUGGCCCCGAUCGAGUCGGCCGGUGAAGAUCCUGCGUUGUCACAGUCUCAGGGAUCCGUCACUACAUCUGCGCCUACCCCUCCCCCACAGUCCACAAGUUCGCCGCAAAUCAGCAUCCCGACACCGCAAUCGAUAGCGCGUCUCCUCCAGAGGGGUAACUCUACAUUGCCUGGAACUGAUUCACCUUCCUCGUCCACGCCCCCCGGGGACUCUCCCUCGUCCUCUCAGACACAACGAAUUCGGGGAGAGAGUCUACUGCCACCCUCUUCUCCAGGAGCCUCUUCGUCUUCGAUCGCUCUCGGACCUCCCCGCACUCCUUCUCCCAGCUUACGCGCCGGGCGCUCUUCACCUCGCCCUGGCCUGCCUUCCACAGUAAAUGGUGGCGACUUGUUCUCUUCCGGAGGUGUGCGAUCGUUCUGGGGCAAGGUUUCCUCCAAUGCUACUGCCGCGUUUUCCGCAGUGCAAGAUGCGUACGGAGGCUUAGCCAAGGAUCUGAAGGGUAUUUCGUUGGCCGGUGAUACAAACGACACGGCGCGCGGCGGAGAGCUGAAGUCGCGAGAGGAGAUCAACGCCUGGGGCCAGGGUGGAGAUGAUAGCCGUCCUUCCUCGCCACUCCGUCAGUCAGCAGCGUCUCCCCGUGCCUACACGUACUCGUCGGGAAACACAGUCAACCCGUGGACGACACCUUCGUCGCGGCCGGCUAUUCCGUCUAUGUACAUGGACAACCCAUGGGGCUCAGUGCGUGCCCCAGACCGCGAGGCACGCCCAUCAGCAUCUUUCGCGUCUCAGGAGACACGACAGGAGACGAGCCCGCUCCCAGUGGACCCAACGAUCGACCUGCCUAUCGCCUUCCCACACUCACGUAGCAAUACAGUGACGCAGACGCAAUCUACACUGGACGGCGGCCGGGCGGCACUAUUUCACGCAACUAUAGAUAACCCGCCAGCAGAGACAGGCUCAGGUGCGAACGCGGAUGCGGAGAGGCGAAGUGACCCAUCAGCACAUGCCCCCUCCUCUUCCUUGCCGGCACAACCAGCAGAUGCUUCAACAGCUUCGUCGGAUCCCUUGGGGGUUGCGGUGUGGUCAUAGUCUGGGCGCGCGGGAAUAAGGGUGUGAGAUUCGGUAGAUAGCAUGGGGGUAUCAUGAUAGUAUUCUAGAGUGCGACGUGCAACGCAAUGGUUAUAGGAUGUUCGCCUCAGUCGUACGAUAGAAGGCACGCUAAGGCAGCCG